AAGAUAUCGGCGAAGGCAAGAGUGCCGAGUCGCCCGCUUCUGCAAUCGACUGCCGCGACACAUCCCAUCAUGAGCGGCCAAGUCUACCUCGUAGACAACAUGCAUGUGGUGGCGGCCACGGAGAAGCUCGCGCGCUUCAAGGUUCACCAAAAGCUCCAAAUCCAAAUCGACACCGACACGGCGACGAGCGAAUGCUCCACCCUGAUGAGUCGCGACGACGAACCCCCCACACCUACAUCUUGCAGCGUGCACGACGAUGAUGGCCUACAUCUCGGUGACGAAGAAAUGUCGUGCGAGAAAAAAAAGCGCAGGCGCCGCACCGCCGCCCAAAUUGACCGCAAGUACGUCUGCUCCUACGCAGGAUGCAAGAAAGCAUACGGCUCGGAAGGAAGUCUCACGCAGCACAUGCGUCUCAAGCAUCGCAGUCUCACGCUGUCCCAUCGCGACCGAGUCGUUUCGACCUAUUUCAACUGCAACAACGUCGCCAUCCGUCCCGCCGUCAACUUCAUGCUCGACAUGUCCGCAUACAGCUCGGCGCCAGCAGGGUUUGUUCACGAAUCACUCGAUCUGUUCCACGGCAUGGAGAAGCUUCGCAUGCGAUCCAACUCGAUGCCGUCGGAUGGGUGCAUCCAACAUUGUGACACCCCGCGUUGGCCGCGCAAGAAGUCCACGAUGGUGACUCCGCACAGUGCUCGCGCUUCCAAAUCCAAGUCUCUCAAAGGCAAAACCAAGCGGUCGCAGUCGAUGUCAUCUCCACCAGAGACUCCGGAGCGAGGUGUGUUCACUACCCCUCGGGGAUUUGUGCCCGCCGUGGAGGUGCUCCAUUUAUCCCCGCAUUGUACAUACCUCCCGCAGUCAGCGGAGCCGUACCGCGGAAAAGAGUGCAUGAGCAUGUUGAACUCGCUGGAUUGGGAAGGCACGGGAAACACAAAGGAUGAAGCCGACAUGUCGUCCAACAACAACGCCGCCACCGACUUGAGUGUGUUGCAGUCCCUCGUCGAUGACUGCGCCAAGAACGACGUCAUGAUGAGCAUGUCCCCGGAAGACUCGGCGCCGACUUCGCCUCCCCUGUACGCCGAAUUCCCCCUCGACGACGACAUGAUGGAAAACAACCAGCACGACAACGACAUCUACUACAAGAACUGUCCAACCUCGUCGUCCUCGACUUCGUCGACGUCCUCUGGAUGGACCAACGACGACAUGGACCUCGUGUCAUCGACCUUUCUCCACGAUCCGAACGCCAUGCCGUUGACUUCCCUGCCCGACUCGUUUGGGAACUACGUUCCCCAUCCAGUGUCGCCGUCGUACCUUUUCUGCGCAAAUCCUCCGCUCCCUUCGUCGUCAUUAGCUGCGUCCUCGUGUGCUACUUCGUUGUUCAUGUCGUGACUGUUCCAAGUAACUUAUUCAGUGUUUGAUAACCCCCUUGCGAUUCCACGUGUGACUCCCGCGUCGCCGGCCAACUCAAUGGCAGUGCCAGGCGCAUGAUGCGAGUAUCGCACGUCGCCACCAACUGCUGCCGCCUUGGCGAAGCUGGACGAACUCGGAAACGUUUGUUACUUAUCAGCUGAAGUCCUCAAUCGUUGUCACUUCAUCCGCUACACGCGAUCGAACACGAUGGACA